AUGCAAUCACGCAACAGCCGCGCACGAGAAUUCAUCACCCGCACUAACCCGUUCGAGCGCGCGCCCCUGAUUAGCCGAUACGAGGACGGCUUCAACGCCAAACCAUUCUCAGCACUUGUCCGGCUGUGCAUUUCCAACUCAGCGUUGCGCUCGACGGCCACUCUUCUCAGAGUCAACGGCACUCUCAAACUCAUCUGGGAGCAGCUUUGCGCUGGUCUCGCCGACUUCCAGGCCCGACGCGACCUCGCCAUUUCCUCGCUGCGCGGUCGUCCCAGCGGCCGUGCCGUUCCCACCAUUCCCACGGCUUCAUACGAGCUUCAGGCAAUUUCAACAGCAACCGGCCCGCCCUCCCUAGGCGCGCAGGCAAACCCUCGCUCAGGCGCCGUUCCAGCCUCACCCUCGGCCUCUCGCCAGCCUCCUCGUCCCGACGCUUCCAAGGCGACGGAACCAGCGUCGCCACAGCCCGUCUUGCAUAAGCGGAACCAACACUCGAUUUUUCGUAAUCUCACAACUUCGGCCGCAGGUCCGACUCGACUUCAACGCCUUUCCUCCGCCCGUCUGUGGAAUCCUACAAACUCAACUCCCAGAGCUCCCUCCCACAAGCGACGCCCUUCAAGUCCGAUUGAGCCUCCGGUUCCACUACAGCACCCGGCCCUCGAUCAAUCUACCGACACUGCCGACCCGAACGUCACCGGUGCUGGCGACUAUCCCCUGCUGACCCUCACCGAACACCGACAGGUGCGGCACUCUUCGUCAACACCCCUCAGCUUUCAGUUCGACCUAAACACAACGGAUAAUAAGCGCAUAAGCUUGCCUGGAUCUGUCCGGGCUUCGUAUGACGAGAGACGCUCCCAAACCCUCUCCCCAACUCGGCUUGAGUUCCAGACGAGAACCAGCGGCGAUUUCACGAGCGAAUCGCCGCCACCUACCAACAAUCCCAAAGUCGACAAGGGCAAAGGCAUCAUGCUACCCGAAAAUGAGGAACCGCAGAGGCCCUACUCCAGAGACCUGGAGCGAGGGCCUGACGUAUUGGACCACCAUCGCUUCUCCAAUGUAUCCCUUGGGGAUGGUAUAGGAUCUGCAAUCUCGUCGUCCAACUCGUCAAUCAUGGGCGAGGAGAUUCAGCCAGAUCUAGGGGAAGCGUGGGGACCGCAACACCCUUGCUUCCCUCACUUUAACCCCCAUGUACCAUCAGACUCUGCAGAAUACGCCAAGACGCGGAUAAUCCGAAUCCGCCGCGACUGGCUUCUCCAGGGUGAUCUCGCUCCAACAUUUUCUAACCUUUACCCCGAGAUCCUGGAUCCCGCUGGGAUUGCCGAGCCUGAAUUCCGGCGCAUCAUAGACAAGCUCAACAAGGAGCUGGUACCGGCGUUUGAUCCCUACAACCCCCGCAAUGUGCUUGACGCGGUCUUGGGCCUUGUUACUGGAUGGCUCUGGGACGACUUUGGUAUGACUGGCAUCAAAUCCCGAUUGAACAACUUGGAGUUGUGGAUAGAGAAGUGGAAUCGAGAAAAGGAAAAGACCACGCCAUCUGAGGAGGGCGUUCUCCCUCCAAAACUCAUUUCGCUCCGGCGCACGGGUUACAUGACUCUGGACAUACAAAUACCAGACCCGGAGAUUGCACCGGCACCGAGUAGCACCGGCGCUGCUGAGUCAAUUGCAGCUCUGCCCUUGGAGCCAGCACCGGUGCUCGUUGCAUAA